AUACAAUUAAACGCCACAAAUUUACUACUCAAAUUUCAUUUCCCUGCAUUGUCGCUCAUCUACUACUCUCUCAGACAACACUGCGUUUGUUUUUGUUGCAAUUCUCUUUUCUGUUGCCUUUCUUAUUAGAAUUUUACUUCCCUUUGUUUGUGCCAAAAUAGGAAACAGCUGCUGCGAUGCUUCUGCGCCCUUCUCGUGCAGUCAACGCAGCGCCACAACGGACGGACAGAACGGAAUAAACAAAAGAAUAUUUACACUCCCCAAAAAUCAAAUCAGUUUUAAUUCUCAGCUCGUGCCGUUAAAGUCGUCGUCGUGAGUCGUACGGAAGGCAACGAAAAGUGCACAGUGCGCCCCACCGUUUGUAGAAGUUUUGUUGCGUGAGACUGUGUGUGUUCGCAGAGACACUGUAUGAGGGCAAAAUAAAACAGUAACUCCAGCACAAGUGUAGCCGCCGCCCGCCGUCACAAAGUCUUCAUUUAGAAUUGUAUGUGAGCUGCAUAUUAAAGAGCAGCCACCAGCAGCAGUAGCAACAUUCAAACAAAAGGAAGUGAAGUUUUUGUUGUUGUUGUUUUGUAGAAAAAGAUAAAACGAAGCAAAGCAAAAGAAUCGGGAGAAAACACCAACAAAUUUGACAACCCAAAAAAGAAAACAACAAAAAGAGGAAGUAGCAUGACAGUCAAUGUGUACAUGUGUUGAAGAAAUAUCCUCCAAUUGGGAAGAGAGCCAGCCAGCCGCCUGGCCGACACAACCUAGAGCAGGCAAAUUUUUAUCGAUUUUCAAACGCGCAGUUGUAGUUGUCAUCCGACAAACGAUAAAAGCGGUUGUGAAAAAUCCAAUGGAAAAGUGUCUGUGUGCAAAAUUUUUGUAAAUUAUGCAAAGAAAAUUACAAAAAAAAAUUGCUAAAUUUAAUAACAAAAUAAGUGGAAAAAUGUAAAACAUAACACGCGCGUGUGUGAAAAAAGAAAUAACAACAACGAAAACGUGCAAUUUGUUUUUAUUACUUUUGUUAAGUCUGCACUUUUUCAUUUUGUUUUAAGCCACACCAAGAAAAAAUUAUAUUCAAGUUGAAAAAAAAAAGAAUCCUGCUCGACGAAAAUAGGCGUAGUAAUAAAGGUGUGCGUACGUGAGUGUUUGUGCUUCUGUGGUGAGUGUUGCGCCGUGAGUUAGGUGUAGCAGCAAGGAAAGGGAAAAAAGUAAAAGUGCAAAAUUGUGGGAAAAAACGCACCACCAUAAUCCACAAUACAACAAAAAAAGGCGGCCACCACCACAACCCCCCAAAGCAAGAGUAAAAAUACAACAACAACAUGAAUGUGGUUCUUUUGCCAAAGCAGGCGAUUUUUAUAGAAGAAAUCAACAAAAAAUAAAUAACAAAAAAAAAAGAGUAAAAUAGUUCACAAAUAAAGUUCAAGUUUGCCUCGUUUCCAAUGCCAUUGCAAUUUGCAAGCGAAUACAAAUGAAAACAAAGUGUGCAAAUGUUACAACAAAAAGUUCUGAGAAUGUGAAUUGAAGUAUUACCUACUACCUACAUGCUUAAAUGGAAUUUAAUAAACUUACUUCCAUUAAAUAAAUUAUAAAUACCAACAAAAUUUAUAAUUGCUUUUGCAAUAGAAGAAAUUAAUAACAAUAAAUUAUUGUUGUCUCUGCUUUGUCGCUGCCGCUGCUGUGCGAAUGCUGCUUCCCAUUGUAGCAGCAGCAUCCAGCUUCCCCCCACAUGAGCACAACUUGAAACAAAAACAACGCACAUUUUUAACUGAUCAAACAGAGCCACGACAAACAAAAGAGGUUAUUGAGUGAGAAAGAGUCACACAAAUCGCAAGUGGCCGAGAGUGAGAGUUCAGACAAAACAACACAACAAAACAAAGAGUGCAGAAAUUCAAAGGGGAGCACAAUGUGGACUCCAUCGAAUAAUAAAUACGGUGUCGCAAUACACAACUGGCAUGGUGACGUGCGUUGUGGCUUAGCUUUAGAUGUCGGUGAUUCGGUGGAAAUUCUAGAAGAAUGUCCCAAAUGGUUUCGCGGCACAUGUCCGCGAAAAUCGCGAGCGGUGGGAAUAUUUCCCAAAACCUAUAUACACAUAAAAGACUUGAGCAAAAUUGAUCCGGUCGUUGCGGAAUGCACACAAGUCCUUCGAGAAUGGUCGGAAAUAUGGAAAAAACUGUUUGUGGAUCGAGAAACCUACAAAUUCACAACAUUGCGCAAGGUGAUGUUGUCAAUAUUGGAAAGCCGUCGCGAAUUGUUGGGCGCAACUUUAACCCAAGAUCAAACAUUGGAAUUGCAAAUGACUGUUGUUUCGAAAAUCGACUGGGGCAAUCGAAAACUAGGCCUUGAUUUGGUGCCACGUAUUGGUCCCUUGGCUGUGGAUCCCCAUAACAUAGGAAUUGUUGGUCUAUACAAUGUUCAUGUCACAAGUGCCGAUAAUGCCAAAGCCUCGUCGAGUCGAGGUACUUUGCGCCGAAAAACCCAACGAAAAAUUCUCACCCACCAUUUGUAUUUUUGCAUGCGUGAAUUUGGUUAUCGCAUUGGUGGUGGCGAUGAUGCCGAAGUCUAUUUCUAUCUAUACGAUGCGAAUCACAUGAAAGCCGUGUCCGAACGAUUUGUGGUGAAGAUCUGUAAAGAUGGUUAUGCGAAUUAUAUUGAAAGGGUCAACAGUAAUUGUACGGUAUUCACAGAUUUGGGUGCUGCCGACUUGAAUGAAGACCUCUAUUUGGUGGCCGUUGUAAUGCGUGUGGGCAAGAUUUUACCCUCGGAAAAGUCAAGCAAUAAUUCCUGUUGUACCGGUACCGCUGCAUAUCGCCGACCCUUCGGUGUGGGUGUCCUCUCACUGGCUGAUAUCGGCCACUAUGAUACCACCAUUGAGUCAGAGGAAAAGGAUCAUAAUAUCAAAUUGGUCUAUCAUAAUGAUGAGAAGGAUUUCCAUCAGCUACAUGAACUGAUCAUUAAGAAAUCCAGCAGCAAAUUCCAGCCGAUUACAACAAUUAAUCAAAGUAAUCAGGGUAUUAUUGUGUCAUUGAAACUCUUGCACGGUGGUUUAGGCCAGGCCCGACAGGAACAACCCCUACUCUUCCAAGGUAGUACGAUUACCCGUAAAAUGGGCUUCCCCGAUGUAAUAAUGCCCGGUGAUGUACGCAACGAUAUGUUCAUCACCCUGGAAAGAGGAGAAUUUGAGCGGGGUGGCAAAAAUACAGCGAAAAAUAUUCUCGUUACGGUUGUGGUCUUGGACGUUGCUGGCAAUGUCCUGACAGAAUGUCUAUGGGGUGCUUCGGGUAUGGAUACCCAAAACUACUACAAAUCCAUGAUUCUCUAUCAUCAAAAUGCUCCCUGCUGGAAUGAAAUGUUACGUCUGAGUGUGCCCAUUGAUAAGUUCUCUGCGGCCCAUGUUCGUUUUGAAUUUCGCCACUGUUCGACCAGGGAAAAAUCGGAACCAAAGUUGUUUGGUUUCAGUUUUGCCCGUCUCAUGGAUCCCAGCGGAGCCACACUGGCUGAUGGCCAACAUGAACUGUAUGUCUACAAAUGUGAGGAUGCUGCAAAACUAACCACUGCCAAUUAUUUGAUAUUACCCUGUAAACCCAAAGAUCCCCAUGCCAAAGUGGAGUGUAGCUCAACGUUUCAUCGUAGCUCCAAGGAAGUGUUUGUUAUGCGCUCCCUGCUGUGUUCCACAAAACUAACACAAAAUGCCGAUUUACUGUCGCUGCUACAAUGGCGGGCCCAUCCCGAAAAGAUCCAAGACUCGUUGACGGGUGUACUGCGUCUAAACGAUGAAGAACUUGUCAAAUUUCUGCAAGAUGUUUUGGACGCCCUCUUUGCCAUGUUCUCCAAUGAGGAGGGCAACAGUACCCAACACUCGGGCCUAGUCUUCCAUGUUCUGGUUAGCAUUUUUAGUCUCCUACAAAGCAAUAAAUUUCAACAUUUUCGUCCGGUCAUGAAUGAGUACAUUGAAAAUCACUUUGCCGCAGCCUUGGUCUACAAGGGCCUGAUUACCUCAGUCGAACACAUGGCCGUAUUUCUAACAAAAGCCGAACAUCCAGAUCCAUUUCAAAAGUGUUUCGGCUCCUUGGAAUAUAUUUUUAAACUUUUAAUACAAUCACGUAAACUGUUUGCCCGAGCCACCGGUGGUCAAUACGAAGAUUCAUUUCGUCGGGACUUGCAUUCACUUUUCACUGCCUUGAAUGGUAUGUUGGCGGUGCCAUCCUAUGAUCUUAUCAUACCCACACAGGAGGCUCUGCUAAGUUCAACGGGAGUGGUUUUGGAACAAUUGAAAGAUACCCUACCAGCACCGGAAUUGGGCAUGUUGGCCCGUAAUAUGUUGGAUGCCAUACCCAGGGAUGCUCCGGUCCGUUUGAUUCAGGCCAAAUUACAGGCUGUUAAGGAUUUGGUAUCUGGUGAACUUUUCCAUGAGGAUGAUUCCCGCACAGUUAUCCUAUCGGUAGCCUGUAAACACCUACGCAUGCAUUUGGGACGCCGUAAUGAAUUGAAACUUUGUGCCGAUAUUCUGGCAGAAAUCCUAACACAUUUAUAUGAUCUGCAAAAGGAGCAAAAAGACAAAGUCACCAAUACGUUGCAACACGAUUUAGAUUCGCUGUGUAAAAACAUCUUGGGCAUACUAAUCAAAACGAUAAUCAUCAUAAUUGAAGGUUCCAAUCCGGUGGUACCACAAUUGGUGGCCUGUAUGUUGGGCCUGCUGCAGCUGUUGGACGAAACUCAAUACAAACGUUAUUGGGAUGAAUUGUGUCCCAACAAGGAUCCACGUGAUCUCAAAGAUUUCCUCUCAAGUUCAUUGUUGGUCUUCGAAGAGCUAUUGUCACAGGAUUGGUUGGUCUUUCCCAACGAUUGGUUAAUCAUGAAAUUGGCAUGUAACGAUGUUUUGCGCAAAUCUCUGGAAGAAUUUGCCAAACCAUUGGUGUAUCGUUUUUUGUCAUCUAAAUUAUUCGAUUUUCAAUUGUGGCGAAAAUACUUCCAUUUGGCUGUGAUCUUUCUGACGCAACCCUCAUUGCAAUUGGAAAAAUAUCGUGAACCGAAACGGCGUAAAAUUUUACAUUCGCACGGGGAUAUGCGUGUUUUGAUGGGUUUUCAAAUACUGAGUAUGUGGUCACAGUUGGGUGAACAAAAGCUGAAUUUUAUACCAUAUAUGGUGGGGCCAUUCCUGGAGGUUACACUGGUUCCCGAGCCAUCACUGAGAAAGGCUACAUUGACCGUAUUCUACGAUAUGAUACAAUGUGAACAGAGUGCCCGUGGCUCAUUCCGUUGGGUUGAAAGUGAACUGAUUGACAAAUUGGAUUUGCUAAUCAGCGAAAAUAAGGGUGACGAUGAAUAUCGUGAACUUUUCAGUACAAUGGAACAUCUAAGUCUGGUACUCCUUGAAAAGGUACAAAAUGAGAACCCCAUUUGGAAAGAUGCCGGCACAGCGUUCAUUGCCUCGGUGACACGGCUAUUGGAACGUUUACUCGAUUAUCGCAGUGUUAUGCAGGGUGAAGAGAACCGUGAUAAACGUAUGUCCUGCACCGUGAAUCUCUUGAAUUUCUAUAAAAAUGAAAUCAAUCGCAAGGAAAUGUAUUUGAGAUACAUUUACAAAUUACACGAUUUGCAUUUACAAGCGGAAAAUUAUACAGAAGCUGGUUUUACGCUAAAACUAUACGCUGAUAUGUUAAGCUGGGAUCGUGAAUCAUCGAGUCUAUCACCAAAUGGCAAUGAUGGCCAACCAGAAUGGCAGCGCAAGGAACAGUUAUAUCAUGAGAUUCUAAAAUAUUUCGACAAAGGCAAAUGCUGGGAAAAGGGCAUACCGCUGUGCAAGGAACUGGCCCUACUCUACGAGACGAAACGUUUCGAUUACAAUAAGCUGAGUGAAAUACUGAUAUUGGAAGCUAAAUUCUUUCAGAAUAUAUUGACUCAACUAAGACCCGAACCGGAAUAUUUUCGUGUGGGUUUCUAUGGUCUGGGCUUUCCACUUUUUGUUAGGAAUAAACAAUUUGUUUAUCGUGGCCUGGAAUAUGAACGCAUCAGUGCAUUUACACAACGUUUACAAACCGAAUUUCCAGCUGCCCAAACACUCAACACAAAUAGUCCACCGGAUAAUUCAAUUUUAUCUGCUCCCGAACAGUAUAUACAAAUAAGCAAUGUACGACCAGUGGCCGAUGCUCAGGCCCUGAAGACAGCCAUGGUUACGGUGCCGGAAAAAAUCGCUCGCUUCUAUGAAGUGAAUGACGUGAGCCGUUUCAUAUCGGAUCGUCCCAUUCACAAGGGUCCCGUAGACAAAGACAACGAAUUCAAAAGCCUAUGGAUUGAACGUACCACCUUGGAUAUUGCCUCGCCAUUGCCGGGCAUUCUGCGUUGGUUUGAAGUUAAACAGAAAUCGGUACAGGAAUUGACACCCGUCGAAUUUGCCUGUGAAACUAUGCACAAUGUGGGCAAAGAUAUCUGGGACUUGAUACAGCAAUAUCGUCAAGAUCCAAAGCGUAACAUCAAUCCGUUUUCGAUGCGUUUACAGGGCGUCAUAGAUGCCAAUGUUAUGGGCGGUAUUAGCAAGUAUCAAGAGGCAUUCUUUACGGAACAAUUUUUAAAGUCACCCCAGGGUCAGGGUCAACAGGCCAAUGUACAAAAGUUGAAAGCUUUAAUAUUGGAGAAAAUACAAAUUCUAGAUCAAGCAUUGGAAUUACAUGGCCAAUUGGCUCCGCCUGGGGUACAACCGUUACACAAUCGUUUAUUGGAACGCUUUUCACAGCUAAAACAAAGCCUCUCUGGGCUGGGGCGAUUAAAACGCCAAGCCUCUGAGAGUAUAGUUAACACACCGCUACCACCAUUGCCCACAGAAAAACGUUUGGCCAGCAAUAACACCGGCUCCAAUUCUCUUAUACCGGCUUCAAAUUAUUACGAACACGAUGAGAUUUACACAAGACCCGGAGACACUCUGAGACCUGUGGAAUCAAUCAUGAACAGAUUUGGUGCCCAGAACUCCUAUCAAACACUAAGCAAAGAGAAUUUAUCGAAUAGCAUUGGCCAUUCGGAUGUUGCAGUGGGAAUCAAAGAAAAUCCCGAAGUCUGUCCUCCACCUAUACCAAAUAGGCCCCGAUCACAAAACUUUUCCAAUUCCAAUUCACUUACAAUGGAUGGACCAGAAGUGCCACCAAAACGUAAUCAUCAGGCACCAGGCUCACCGGGAGCCCCGCCUCUACCGCCAAGGGGUAUAACACCCGACAAAAGGGCUUCCAAUCCCAUGAUUUUCAAUGAUUUCUCUAGCGAGUCACCCGUCUCAAGUAUGCCCAGGCGACCACAUUCCACUUCACAUCAACACAAUCAAAAGUAUGCCGUAGUUGAUAUUAGUUUCGAUGAUCCCGAGGCAGAUCAACAACAACUGGCACAUUCACUGAAUUGUCAUGCCUCUGAUAAUCAUCAUUUGUCCACACUGUCGUAUGCCCCCAAUGAUUUUCGUGAUUCAGGAAUUUCCACAGCCAGCGCCCAUGAGUUGAACCAUUUAAAUAAUCUAAGUGAGGAAUCAUCCACCAAUUCUAUGAGUACAGUACAUCAUCGUGAUCACUGUCGCCUCUCCUCCAGCGGAAGCAUGGAAAAUGGCCAAUAUAUUUCAUCCAGCCACAACAAUGGCGGUGGCUUAAGUUCAACGCAACGAGAGAACUCUUCAAGUUCCUUUGAUGUGGAAGAUUUACCCAUGCCUCCACCACCUAUACCGCCAAAAUCCCUAAAUAUAAUUGGUAACUCGGCAAUGAAUGAAUCAUCCUCAUCGGCCUCAUUGGAGGGACCCUCGACACUCAACACUCAUUCCAAUACACUGCAACACACAGCAACGGCAUCAUCCAACUCGACAACACCGCAUGUACACCCGCACCAUCAUCAUCACCAUAGUCAUAUUCAUGCCCAAAACGGUCACACUAACAACGAUGGCUAUGUCUCACCCAAAUCAACUAUGGCAAAUGCCCUGGGCAACAAAGCCCAAUCGGCGACGACGAAUAGAGCAAGCCUGGACGACACAGAAACCGAAACUCAUAACGAACUUGGCAACACUUUUUGAGUUACAAUAUGUCGCUGCCAUCAUCAAUCGCCAACAUCGACAUCUAGCAUAGACUUUAAUACAAAUACCGAGACAUCAUCGACGCCAAACAGCACCUCGCCACCACCAACGCGCACCAUGUUCACGGAACAGGCGGUGGUGCAUGCCUCUCAGUCAAUGACAUCGUUGACAAUGAAUAUGACCACAAAUACCAAUAAUACGUCAGUAGGUUCACCCAGUCAUCAUCAUCACCAUCAUCAGUACAAUGACUUUAAGGGAUCAUCCAUUAACCAAGCAAAUAUAAAUCACAAAACAACAACACAAUCUCAGACUCUCCAACAACAACAACACAAUGCAUUCGCCUCACAUUCCCAUGUCCAUCAUUCUCAUGCACACACUCAUGCUCCACCCUCAAUUCAUCAACAACAACAACAAUUAAAUUAUGCCGCCAAACAACAUUCGUACACCUUACCAUCCUCCUUACCGACCACAACGACUAUGGAGAGCACAACAACAACAACAUCGUCCAUGUUUGAUAUAUCCCACAAUUUCAAUUCCAACAUUGAACACUGUUCAUGUGGCCUUUCCUUUAAAGUCGAUCGAAAUACAAAUAAUCUUGCAAUGAUGGGUACCACUUCGACAUCCCUGUUGAGUUUAAAUAAUCAACAUUAUCAGUAUAACAACGAUAACAGUACCACACGUUCACUGGAAACCAGCAGCUCCGUUGCUCUGCUCGACAGUAGUCAGAGGCAAUCGCACUUGAGUAAAUCGCAUCACCAUAAACAGCAGCAUGCUCGACAUUGUCAUCAUAGGCGUCACGAUUCACACGAUUAUGCUGUGCCACAAUUGUUACAAUACCAACCAACUGAACCGCCCGAAAUUCAUACACAUGAAUAUUUUUCUCAGGAGUCCCAGGAAUCGCUGACAACCAAUACGGCCACAAUGGCUUUUAGUCCUCAUGCUACUACUACUACGCAGCCACAGCAACAGCAACAACAACAGCAGCAGUCACAGCCUCAUAGUUGUCAUCGUCAUUCACAUGUCCAUGCCCAAACGGAUUUUAGCUAUGGCCAACGAUGACAUGCUUCCAAAUGAGAAAUGUAAGAUGUGUUGCGGAAUUCCAAGAUGUAGAGAACUUAUAAUUUCAUAUUUUGUAUUUAGAUAUAUCCCUAUAUGGGCCUGACAACAGGGACCCACUUUCAUUUGCAAUUUGUAUGUGAUUUAUCUAUUAUUGUUCUAGAUAAUCUACUUUUGUAUGACUCGGUGAAAGAUUGGGAUCUGUUAAGAUAAUUAUUGCCUCAAACUCCUAUAACUCAUUAGGUAAAGCGUAAUUUGCCCUAUAGUAUGGGUCAUGCCGUUAAAAAGUCUGCAAGUUUCCCACCUUCAAAUUGCAAAUCGCUUAGAAUGGUUGGACUAAACGUAACAGAAAUUUGUUGAUCACAAUCUGAAGCUAUAAAAUAUAUAUCAGUUCUUUUCUGACUAAGUCAUAGAAAGAAGAAAUUGUUCUGAAGAACUAUGCUCUUGGAGUUUAGAAUUCAUUUUGUUUGUGCCGUCAAAAACAUAUUCGAUUUCCAAUUAAAGGCGUUUCCAUUUCCCUUGGAAAGCUAAAUCAAAAGUCAUGUUAAUACCGUGACAUUAUUUCUCACGCUCAAUACCAAGUUGUUUCCCGCAGAAUUAGGGCUCACAAUUAAAGGCCCAUUUCUAAAUAAUUCCUGAUCGGUAUUUAAUUUUUUUUGAUCAAUCUAAAUUUGUGCUGGGUCACAGUUAAUUUAUUGAUUUUAAUUUAUAAAACAUUGUAUGUAUACAAAUUGUGUAAUGAAUAAAAAUAUAUUUUUUUAGUUUUUAUUUAAAUUUUACUCCAGUAACUUACAAGUUUGACACAUAUGACAGUACGACACAGAUAUAAGAUAUUCUAAUGGUCCAAGCAAUUUAAAAAUCUAUGGUUGGGAAGCCACCUCUUGAAAAUGUUUUAAAAUAUUUUCAAAUUUUGUCAUAGCGCCCUUAUGACGGUCCCAUUCGAUUCUAAUUCUCCAAAAGAAUUCGAGGUAGUUUUACAUCUCUGUAAAUUAUGUCUGAUUUUUGCAAAAAGAUGCAAGCUAAAUCCCACUUGAACUGCAUGUAGGGUGAACAAUCCUUGCUGGAUAAUAAGGCGGUUGUGGUGUAUCGUUGUUGCUACCACAACGUGUGGUAAAAAGUAAUUUAAGAUGUUGCUUUGCCAUCGUCUUACAAUAGUGCAAUCGUCAUCUGGGUCCAUGUAAAAAUAGUUCAAUACCAAAACCACCAAUUGAUCUAUGUAUCAUGAGGAAUAUCUUCUUUUAGAAGCGAAGAUAUGAUUGUUUUAAGGAAUUUUAAACUUUUUCGUAUACCAAUGGACAUAGCCAGGAGAGCUAGAAAUGGAUCAAAUUUAAAAGUGCCAAACUUUGUAUACCCUCUCCCAUACAGAGGGUAUAUAUCAUUUGAUACGGCCAAAAAGUAACUCGUUGAAAUAGGGGGUCUUAGACCAUGGAUCUGUUAGGACGAAAUCUGUUUUUAAUGAUUAGGAAUAGAUAUAGCGGUGUCCGUCCGACUGGCUGAUAUGCACCAAAACUCUCAAAAGGGGUUAUCCAAACUUUGUACAUCAAUAUAAUAUUAUUAAGCUCAGAUCGAAAAUUUUGAUAAAGUAAACUUAAACAAGUAAAAAAGAAAUUAAGUUCGGGCGGCCCUUCAGCACUUGCAAAGUAAAUUAUAAACAAGUAAAAAAGCUGUAAGUUCGGCCGGGUCGAUCUUUGAAUACCCUCCACCAUUUGGAUCAAUUUUGGUAAUUUUCAAAAAAAUUAAAACCGUAAAAAAUUCUGUUAAAAUCUUAAAAAUAUAGGAAGGAACUAUUUAUUGUCGGUUAUAUAUCCAAAAUACCGAAAAAGGGAGAUACCAUUAUAUGGGGCUAUACCAAAACUAGGUCCACGUUCGUUUCACCCAUUUUCAAUACCAAAAGUCCUGCAGACAUAAUACACAUUUGAGUAAAAUUUUAUCAACCUACUUCAUUUCGUUCGAAAGCCAGAGUGAUUUCCACAAAGGAAAUAGACGGGCGGACAACGCUGAAUCGACAUAGAAUUUUAUUCUGAUCAAGAAUAUAAUAAUUUGUGGGGUCUAGAAUGUAUAUUUCGAGGUGUUACAAACGGAAUGACAAACGGCAGGUUGGAGACUACAGAAAAUUAUGGAUGUGUAUAGAAAUUGUUCUGCUUUUGGAGUAGAACCCCCUACGAAAUCUAAAUACCGAAUUUUAAACAGCUUCUUUAGAAAUAUAGAAAUAUAGCAAUACGCAAAAUGCUUGCUUUCUAUCAUAUGCGGUUUGAAGUCUAAAGUGAUUACAAAAGAUUGACGGACAAACAAUUCUAAGCUAAAUAGUCUUAGAAUUUUACGCUGAUCAAGAAUAUAUAUACUUUGUUGGGUCAGAAAUGAUUAUUUCGAUGACGAACUUGAUAAACCUUUCAUACUUAUUGAGGAUGAGAAAAUAAAGCAUAUUUUUAGGCGCCAACAAAUGUAUUUUUCUUUUUAUAAAAAAUAAUAAUAAAAAAUUAUUUAUAUGAAUAAAAACGAAACAAAUCAAAACGUGUAUUCCUAAAAUAAAACAAAAAAUAAUUUACAACGCAGCAACAAUUAUCAAAAUACCAAUGUUGUGAAACCAAUGACGUAUCGAAAAAAUAUAUAUUAUGCGGCAAAAGAAAAUCUUUGAAAACAUGUUAACGAAAAACACCACAUUUUUAUAGCAAAAGAAAAACAAAAGCCACAUACGUAAUAAAAGCAAAAAACAACAUUCGAAAAUUAAAAAAAAAAACCUACCUUAGAAUUGAAAACUUUGUGCAAUGCAGGCAUUACUUUAUUGAAAUAAACUAUAUAACCAAACAAACAUGCAAUACAUAAACUAUAUUAAAAAAAAAAAAAACAACAAAAUUUAAUAAUGUUUAUACACAUAAUUUUAUAAGAAUAACAUUUCAAAAGAAAAUAAAAAUAAAUACAAUUUUUGAAUAUUUCAAAUCAAAACAAACGAACUAGUAAGACAAAUUAUCUUCAACAAUAAAGUGCUAAAUAAACGCAUACAUACGCACACAAUUAUGCAUACUCUUAGGGCUAAAACAAAAAAAAAAGCGCAAAUGAAACAUAAGACAUAUUUUUUGUAUAAGAUAUUUACAUUAUUCUGUAAGUUUUGUUGUAUCACCCUCCCUCCCCUUUGCAUUCGAAUUUGUAUAUUACCUUAUUUAAAAAAUUUAAUUUUUUUUUAUUUUAUUUCUAGUUUUUGUUAUUCAGAAAAUCGUCUGAUAAUUUCUGUUUUUGUUUAGAGUGCUGUUUAUAUUUCUUACCAAAACAAAUGGAAUUAAAAAAUUUUAAUACAAUACAUAUAUGCAAGUUAUUAUCGAUAUAUAAACUAGUCAGAUAAUAAAUUUAUACUUAUAUAAAUUUAUAUUUAACGAAUUGAAUAGAUGCAUACAUUUACAGAUACAUACGAUAAAGAUAUAUCUUUAAAAGUAAAAUCAAAAAAGAAGAAAAACAAAUGGACAAAGCAAACAAAUCAUGUUCUACUCAUAACCUUCAAAAUAUCAUAGUUUUUAAUUUUAACAAAUAAAAAAAUAAACAUUAAAAAA